AUGGGGAAGCUCUUAGAUGAGAUUUAUGAAAAAGCUCAAAGUUUACGACCUACAAUUAAUGAACUUCGAGAAGAACUUGAAACAUUACGACCUACAGUUCAUGAACUUCGAGACGAACUUGGAAGAUUACGAACUAUAGCUGAUGAACGUGAAGAAGAACUUGAAACAUUACGACCUACAGUUCAUGGACUUCGAGACGAACUUGGAAGAUUACGAACUAUAGCUGAUGAACGUGAAGAAGAAAUUGGAGGAUUACGACCUACAAUUAAUGAACUUCGAGUAGAACUUGGAAGAUUACGACCUACAGUUCGUGGACUUCCUGCAUUACCACUUCUUAUUGAAGAUUUACAAACAGUAUUAAGUGUACCUUUGGGUCUUACCAUCAGAGUACCUCAUUCAGAAAAACAAAGCGGAACCUAUGUCUUGUGCAAAUGUGAUGAAAAAACAGUCGGUGGAAAAGUAGAAUAUGUCUAUUAUGCGAUUAGAGCCCAAUUACAGAAUGUAGACACAUCUUAUGCAAAUCUGAAACAUGCUAAUCGUAAUCGUAAUAUCGAAAUAAUCAACAUUUGGACGUAUGUUCCAAACGCCAUACAUCUACAUUUAUUUGUAAGGCAACUAUUACAACUUUAUUGUACAUUUAAAAAGAAUUAUAUCCACUCUACCUUGCGUCCAGACGUUUUGAAAACCAGAAUUACCGAGAUUUACAAAAUUUAUAUCGUCGUAUACUUUCGCCAGAUCAUUGAGGCCUAUCCUUCCAUACGGGAUGAAGCUGAAAAUAUAAUUGAUGCAUUGAACAGGCUAAGAGGAAGAAUAUAG